AUGUCGUCUACAGUACUAGUCAGCGACCUUCCUUCCAACUGCGAGUCCUCCUACGCCUUCACCGAGCUACGUUUGCAAGAAGACGAAAUCGAAGAAGUGUACACACGAGCGGGAGGAGGCGAGUCCGCCUGGAUAGUCUUCAAGGCCCCCGAGCUCGCCGCGAUAUUCGAAAACGACCACAAAGGCUACCACUUCGGGGCAACCGGCAAGAAGAUCGCGACCUCAUUCUGGACCGAAGCCAUUCCCGAACACGCCACCAAUCGCUAUUCCGACUUCGUCCUUGCCCGGGGUCACCAAAUAGACUCGCGCACCGUUGAGAUUACCGGUCUUCCCGCAAAACACACUCUGAGUGACAUGAACAAGUUGCUAGAGUCGGUGCGAGACCAGUACCUUGAGGCCACCAAGCAGAACCAACAUCUGAACCCAACCGACUAUGGUUACUACGAGCCCAUCAACAUCCUUCAAGUCAAAACACCCGACCCAGGAGUCGGCCUUUUGCAGCUCGCGCAGCCUUGGAUGGCAGUCGCCAUUGUACAACAGUACGCGGGUACCUAUUGGAAGAACGCCACACUUAACGCUCGGUGCGUCCCUGAUGAAGAAAUGGAGAAACUGCUUGUCAAUGAGCCCAGCGCCGGGGACGUAUCGCUCUUCGUCCGUGGCGUGAAGGUCGGUACUUCGUCGAAAGAGGUGCGAGAGAUUUUCAAGGACUUCCCCGUCACCGACGUCAAUGUACUACCAGGCAAGACAUUCUGCUUCGUCACCGUCCAGCAAGCGCACGCGAACUCGAUUCUCACACGGUUCAAAGAUGGCGUCAAGUGGCAAGGUCGCACUAUCAAGGUCGACUUAUCGGAUAAGGACAAGCGGAAGAAGAAGGCUGAGUUUGGUUCCACCAUCGCCACACCCACUCCUGCGCCAGCUUUCCUACCGUCUACGGAUAUCACAGACUUGAAGCUGGAGAACCUCCCGUACGACGUCACAAACUACCAGAUCCGUACCAUAUUCGAGGCCUUCACCGUAUACAAAGUCGUCAUCAUGCAGGGCUAUGCUUUUGUGGGUAUUCCGACAGGGGCAGUCGGCCGCGCACUUGAUAUGCUGAACGACACGAUGAUUGGGGCUAGCUAUAUCAAGGCCAAGGUUGCUGAUCCCCGAAAGAAGUAG